GGGGGAUGUUGUGAUAGACGUCCAAGGCGGCAUGUUGCGCAACUCAAUCGAUUUUUCUUCAUUUGUUGAGUAGGCCUUAUUCAGGAACGAUAUUAGGAGAUAACAUAUGAAUCCAUAGGCAAGUGUUCUACUAGGGCUAGUAUGUGGCAGGUCCCAGUCUCAGUAUAUAAUUUCAUUCAUAUGUGAGACGUCAUUAAGAUCACCCGAUAAGCUGGGCUAAGUAAUGAUACUGGUUCCCAAGGAAGCGGGAUUUCCAGUGGCGGAUCGUGAUGUAGGACGGUAUGAUGCCUCGAACCACGUGAACCUGAGAACAUAAGUGAGCCACGGAUAAUUCCGUCACAAUGAGUCAUUGACUUUGUCUUUCUCCUCAAUGAUAUCUCACUGUUAUCUUGUAUAUCGAGCUAACUUCCCGGAAGUACUUGAUCAGCCAUCCCUGAUCGUGUUUAGCUUGAGCCUGAACCUUAUAUAAGACCAUAAUUUUGAUCCUCGCACCAAUAGUAUCGCCUCGAGCGUCACGGCGUCAGUCUAUCUCCGUUCGCGUCAUGUUCUCAUCACAAAUGACGGAUUGAUAUUGCCCAGUUAUUAACUUGUUCUAACGACACUAGAGCCUCCCUCUAAUAUGUGAGACAUAAACCCAGUACAGCGUAGUACCUCAUCCUCCAAGUAAUCUCUUUUCACCAACAAAACAACGCUCUCAACAAUCGCUAAUUCAUACUCAAAAAUGGGCGAACCAACUUACGUGGUGAUGCCCAUUCGGGCGGAUGGAUCCACGUCGCAGGAAAAUGACAGGCAAAUGGCCACCGCCAUCGAAGAGUCACUACAUGAAAGACUACAUCCCACUGAAGAUGAACCAGCUGCUGGGCCUUUGAAGAAAGCUAUAGCUCAUCAAGAUAGCCUAUAUAAGUAUAUCUCUUGGGAGGACCCGGCUCGAAGUAUCGGUUCGUACCUCGGGAUUGUGGCGCUGAUGUACGGAGUGCAUUAUCUUCAUUGGGGACAGUGGCUUCUGAAGAUGGGUGCAACUGCCCUUGGAGUAAUGUCUCUCGCCUCUUUUGCGAGUCACUCGACUAGAUCCGACUUUGUUGGACGCAUGCGACCAGAGUAUAAGACAGUGCCGGAGCCGACCCUAAACGCCACACUCAAGGAUAUCCACGACUUCGUACAGUACCUCGCAAUUCAAGGACAGAAAAUUCUCUACGGCGAGGACUUGAGCAAGACCUUUGGGGCUUUCCUCGGGCUUACGGGUUUAUUCUGGCUGGCUAAGAUCCUGACUCCCUUCGACCUGGAAGUUCUAGGCCUUAGUUCAGUCUACCUUGCUCCUCUCAUAUUGUCACCCAAAGCUCGUGAGACAGCUCAAUGUGCCAAAGCCAACGCACAGAAGCUAGCUUAUACAGCGAGCGACAGUGCUCAAGCUAAUGCACAGGACCUGACCAAUUCAGCAGCCAAGAGUGCCAAAGGGGCGGUCAACGAUGUUAAAGCCAAGUCAGCAGAUAUAUCAUCUAGGUCCCAAGAGGCUGCCGGGAAUUUGGCCUCAGGAGCUCAGCAAGGCGCCAAGAACCUGGCGUCUAGUACGCAGCAAACCGCUUCAGAUUUGUCAUCUGGAGCGCAAGGAACUGCGGGAAAUCUGGCCUUAGGGACUCAAAAAGGCGCCAAAAAUCUAGCAUCCAAUACCCAACAAGGUGCUAAGAACCUCGCAUCCAGUACACAGCAAGCCGCUUCUAGCUUGUCCUCAGGGACGCAAGAGACUGUUGGGAACCUGGCUUCAGGAGCUCAACAAGGUGCUAGGAACGUGUCAUCUAGUACCCAACAAGGCGCCAAGAACCUGGCGUCGGGUACGCAGCAAACUGCGUCAAAUUUGUCCUCUGGGACUCAGGAGACUGUAGGGAACUUGGCGUCAGGGGCUCAGCAAGGUGCCAGGAAUGUGUCGUCUGGCACCCAACAAACCGCUUCGAGUGUGUCGUCCGGGGCGCAAAGCAUGGCCGGGAAUCUAUCUUCGGGGGUACAACGGAUUGCCGGGGGAGUUUUGCCCGAGAAGUCUACGGCUAGGAACUCGUCAACCCGCUAUGAACAGCCCAACGCGAAUAUACAGACCCGUCCAGCGGACGUUGUUCUGGAUGACAGCUCUGCUGUUGCUGACAGAUUCGCUUUCCAGCAUCAUGUCCAAAAGGACUAAGGUCAGUGAGGCGCGGUCUUAUCUUCAACGCGAAACUCGAAGAACUAUGAUUACUGGGGUUACCAUCGAAAUAUGUGUUAUGUGUAGCACACAGUUGUCCGCACCAAUCAUUACAUACAGUCUGAGAUGUGUCGCAAUUCGGCUCUGUGGUCCGUAUUAGAGGUUCCGGCCGUUCUAUGGCUGAAGGAGGGAAUUAGGUCAUGUCUCUACUACUUUGUACGACUUAUAUAAAAUAAACAUGUGGUUUGUAUAUCCAUCUGUGAAGGGAUAGUAUACUCCGUCGUUAUAGGUUGCUUUCCGAAAUUAUUGGAUAGUGUUGCACGCGUACAAGCUGAAUAUACAGUUUGCCUUGCACUUCGGCCGUACGAGAGACCAUAGCAGGCUGUUCAUGAUUAUUCAAAGACAUAGGCAAUAUUGGAAAGUGA